AUGAAUUCUCGACAACAAGAAGCUCACUCUCUCUAUCUCUUCUCUCUGUGUGUGUGUUAUGUGUGAAUACACAUGAAAAUGCAGAAGUUCAAAUUGCUUCUAGUGCUAUUCUUCGCUACUUGCCACUCCUCUUUGUCCAUCACAGAUGGUUUGUUGCCAAAUGGAGACUUCGAGGUUGGUCCAAAACCAUCAGAGUUGAAAGGUUCAAUAGUGACUACCCCCAAUGGCAUUCCACAUUGGACAAUCUCAGGAAUGGUUGAAUACAUAAAAUCAGGGCAGAAGCAAGGUGACAUGGUGCUGGUUGUGCCUCAUGGUACCUAUGCUGUUAGGCUUGGCAACGAAGCUUCCAUUAAGCAGAAGAUCCAAGUUGUGAAGGGCAUGUUCUACUCAUUAACAUUCAGUGCCUCACGCACUUGUGCUCAAGAGGAGAAGCUCAACGUGUCAGUGGUGCCAUCCAAUGAGAAGAGUGAUUGGGGAGUGUUUCCCAUUCAAACUAUGUAUGGAAGCAAUGGUUGUGACUCUUAUGCAUGUGGGUUCCGAGCAGAUUACCCUCGAGUGGAAAUUGUGAUCCAUAACCCUGGCGUGGAUGAGGAUCCUGCUUGUGGUCCUCUUAUUGAUUCUGUUGCCUUGAAACUCUUGCACUCACCCAAACGAACUAGAGACAAUUUGUUGAAGAAUGGAAACUUUGAAGAGGGUCCAUAUGUGUUUCCCAAAGAAUCUUGGGGGGUUCUAAUUCCACCUCACAUAGAGGAUGCCUACAGUCCUUUGCCAGGAUGGAUGGUUGAGUCUCUCAAGGCUGUGAAGUAUAUUGAUUCUGAUCACUUUGCUGUGCCUGAAGGAAAAAGAGCUAUUGAGCUUGUAGCAGGGAAAGAGAGUGCAAUUGCACAAGUGGUCAUCACAAUAAUUGGUAAGGUUUAUGACCUUACUUUUGUUGUGGGCGAUGCCAACAAUUCAUGUGAAGGUUCCAUGGUGGUAGAAGCAUUUGCUGGUAAAGAUACUAUCCAAGUGCAAUAUCAAUCUAAGGGUAAAGGAGGGUUCAUUAGAGGCAAGCUUCGAUUCAAGGCUAUGUCAACACGCACACGCAUCAGAUUCCUAAGCACAUUUUACACCACCAAGAGUGACAACACUGGUUCACUUUGUGGACCCAUAAUUGAUGAUAUAAGAUUGCUUAGUGUGCGUUAUUCUUAAUAUGCUUGAUCAAAUUGCACAUAGCUAGUGCACUCGGAAGUCAAAACACACGCUACAAUCCUUAUUCAAAAUACAAUAAUAGUCUUUUGCACUACAUCUAGUGUACACCUCUGUU